CAGUAUACUGUAAACUUGUUUCGUCCAUCGUCGUUCGUUCAUUCUGUUUUUAACGUACGCGCCGGGUGGUCGUCCGCAGUUGCAUAUUUUUAACAACACGUGGCGCGCCGAAACGUGAAUAUAACCUAUUCGCCGUCACAACAGCUGCUAAAUAUUGAUCUGGUAGUUCGAGAGACAGGCAAAAUUAAUCAAAAUGGUUAAUGAAUCAAAUGGGAGUGCUUCUCCUCAGCAGGAGCUUGAGACAUUCCUGUCUCCAGAAGAGAGGAAUAAAGAGAAAAUCGUCAAAAAAUAUGAAAUGACCAAAGAUGCAGAGGCGGCGGAUUUCGAUCCGUUCGCUGAACGAAAACUGGAUAAUCCCACUUCAAACAUGGACACAUUAACCCAUCUCCUGAAGGCAUCGCUUGGUACUGGCAUCCUCGCGAUGCCAAAGGCGUUCAAAAGCUCCGGUCUCAUCAACGGUAUCUUUCUCACCAUACUCGUCGCGGUCAUCUGCACCCACUGCGCUUACGUACUUAUUAAAUGCGCACACGUACUGUAUAAAAAAACGAGAAGGACCACUAUGAGUUAUCCCGAAGUUGCAGAAUCGGCGAUGCAAAACGGACCGCAGUGGGCGAAACGAUACGCAUACGGUUUUAGAAUAUUCAUAUUGGUCAGUCUGUUCAUGACCUACUUUGGCACGUGCUCGGUCUACACUGUCAUCAUUGCCACGAAUAUAUUAAAGGUGGCGAACCACUAUCUAAGUGCUGAAGUGGACCUAAGGGUGAUAAUCUUAAUACUUCUACUGCCGCUCAUCUGUAUGGCUUGGAUUAGGAACUUGAAGUAUUUAGCACCCGUUUCUAUGAUCGCUAAUCUUUUCAUGGGCGUCGGUCUUGGCAUUACAUUCUACUAUUUAGUUGGCACUGGAGGUCUCGAAUUCGAUAAAGUAUCAUAUAUCAAACCACCAGUUGAAUGGCCUGAAUUCUUCUCGCUGACGAUUUUUGCGAUGGAGGCAAUUGGAGUUGUGAUGCCUUUGGAAAACGCUAUGAAGACGCCUAAGUCUAUGCUCGGAUUCUGCGGUGUGCUGAACAAAGGCAUGUCCGGAGUUACUCUCGUAUACAUUCUCCUUGGCUUUCUCGGUUACCUACGUUACGGCGAUGAUGUCAAGGACUCGAUCAAUCUUAAUCUAGACCAAGAAAAUGUGCCUGCCCAAAUCGUCCAAGUCGCGAUCGCCAUCGCUGUGUACUGCACGUUCGGUCUUCAGUUCUUCGUGUGCAUUGAGAUAAUGUGGAACUGCAUUAAGGACAAGUUCACUAAGCACCCGGUCAUGGCUGACUACGCGAUGCGCACCGUCAUGGUGACUGUAUGUGUUCUACUCGCGGCUGCUGUUCCCACUAUCGCACCAUUCAUGGGUGUUAUUGGUGCCUUCUGCUUUUCACUACUAGGUUUGAUUGCACCUGCAUUUAUUGAAGUAAUCACUUACUGGAACAUCGGUUACGGCCGUUUCCACUAUUUGGCUUGGAAAAAUAUUCUUGUAUUCAUCUUUGGCUUUUUCGCACUCAUUUUCGGUACCAAAGACGCAGUUUUUAGCAUAAUACAGGAGUACCAGUAAAACAGCACAUCGGCCUGGUGUUCAUAGGUCUGAGAUACAAAAGUAUAUGUGUGAUAGUUAGUUAGAUUGUAAGGUUUAGUUUUUAGUUCAGUUUAUUUUUAAUCUUUUUAAAGCAUUUUAUAAGACCUUAUUACUACACCGCUUUUGUGUGGUGCUGAAAAUAUGAAUCAAAUGAACGUUUUAAGAUUUUACAGAAUUAUAACGUUCUAAUGUGUUGCAGUCGAUACUGUAUGAGAGUUUUAACUCGGACCUUAUUAUUUCGUUUGCAUUCCCAAUUGUACAAUAUGAUUAUUGACUGUGUGAAAAUGUUGUAAUUUAAAAAUUGAAAAAUUUAAUUUUUAUCGAUCCUAUUAUUUUUUAAUUUAUUACUAAGCACGACCAAUACAAUAUUUAAUAAUUUUAUAAAAUAUUAUAAUGGUCAGAUCCAAUUGUUAUAAUAAAUUCAUACAAAUACAUAUACCUAUUAAUAUUUCGCUGUAAUUAACAUACCGAAAAAAAGUUUAAAUAUUAUUCCAAUCUUACUCUAUUUAUUGAUAAAGGUUUGUUACCUUUUUUUUUAAUUUUUAUCGAAAAUCGUUAAAUUUUAUCUGGAAUCAUUGAUGAUUUAUUAUACCUCUUUAAAUAUUGAAGGCGGUCUUCAUGUUUAUUUUGUAAUUUUCUAUAUUAAAUUAUUCCACGCCAGUUUAGUUCCGAAAGUAUAGUAGAAUAAGUAAUAUUUAUGACAGAACAAAGUUUAAAAAAUUCUAUAGGCUAAACGAUCGCCACGGUAACCGAUUAUUUUAUUUAUUCAUUAAGAGCUUUCGUAUAAGAGUCAAAGUGAAUCUUCAAAACUAUAUUAUUGCGUCCUCCGUACCCACAACGUUGAAUCGUCGACGCGAGUCGUAUAUUUGUUCCGCCAUUUUGAAAAUCGCAGCGACUUUCCUCCUUACAAUCUUGACAAACUAGUUGCAAGAGACUUGUAUUGAGAAAAUGUCAGCGUAGCAGUAAUCGCUUAGUGACUAAAAUAUCUCGAUUUCGAAGAUUUACGUUGCCUUUUUACGAUCGCUUUUAAAAAUAAGAACAAAUUGCAGAUUAUACUUUCAACAUAAUACCGAUGAAUUUGUAUAGGAAAUUAAUAUAAAGUCGCAUUUAUUGUUUUGAGGUUUGACUGUAAAAGACAAUUAACACAUAUUGUCGUCUCUUACAUUCUGUUUAAAAAAAAAACAGAGACAACGAUAUGUGCGAUUACGCCAGUCGUAGCCCACAGUAAUGUAACCGUGUAAAUUGAAUUUUAAUAUUAAAUUUUGUAUUUCUUAUAUUAUUUAUAUUAAGUAAUUUUCAGUAUGGUAUUUGAAUUUUUUUAACAUUAAUCCGUAUGCAAAAAAAAUGUUUUUAUAUAUUUCUAAAUUUCUAUUCAAAUAGUAUGAACGUGUUUGUUAUAUUACGAAAGCAAUGUAAAAUUCAUAAUAUUUGUAACAAAUCUGAUACUUUCAAGAUAAAUAGUCCUUAAAAUAAAGCUUGAUUAGAUAAUAAAUUGUUAUCUUAUAAUAUUAUUAGAUUACGCUUUAUUUGAAGGACUAUAGCUACGGACCAAUAACGAAAUAACCGUGCCUUUAAUUAAAUAUUUGGUUUAAAAUGUUACCAACAAAACUAGAUAUUAUAUACAAGGUAUAAGUUUUAUUUAUAAUAACAAAGUUCCUAUAAUCUAAAUUUCAUGUUAUGUUAUUUUAUCAGGUCAGUAUUCAGGACUGGAAUAGCUAAGGGUUUUAUUUGUAAAAUACACUUUUCUUUACCAGUUUGCUUAAAAUGGUGUUUUCUUUGUGUUAUUCUAAGAUAUAAAAAAAAACUUAAUUAGUAGCCUAUCUGUCAAUAGUUC